AUGGUGGGAGCUUCUUUCAAGCGUAGAGAUGAACUUCGUGAAGCUCAAGCAGAUGAAAUUGAAGAGGCAUUACGUAAAGGUGAGCUUGAAAGUGGUAAGGGUUUGAAUCAAGAAUUAGGUCUUGCUAGAGCGGGUGAUACUCGAUGGGGAUCUCACUACAAAUCCUUUAACAAUUUUAUUCUUAUGUUUGGUCCUAUCAUUGAUGUUCUUGAUGCUAUUGCUGUUAAUGCCCGUUUUGAAGAAAAGUGUAGGGCAAAGGGAUAUCUUAGAACAUGUUUAGCAUUUGAGGUUGUCUUCAUGUUGCAUUUCAUGCGCAAUGUUUUAGCAAUCACAAAUGAUCUAAAUGCAGCUUAUCAAAAGAAAGAGCAAGACAUUGCAAAUGCCAUGUUACUUGUUGGAGUGGCAAAGGAUCGAUUGCAGCGACUAAGAGAUAAAGGUUGGAAUUCACUUAUUGAUGAGGUAUCUGAAUUUUGUAUCAAAUAUGAUAUUUCGAUACCCAAAUUUGAUGAGUUUUAUGUUAUCUCUGGAAGAUCACGUCGGAGAGUUGCUGAGUAUACUGUUUUACAUCACUACCAAGUUUAUGUAUUUUAUCAAAUUAUUGAUUGGCAACGACAAGAACUCAAUAAUCGCUUUGAUGAGGUGACAACCGAUUUGCUUCUUGGAGUUUCUUGCUUGAACCCAAUUGACUCUUUUUCUCAUUUUGACAAUGAGUUUCAUCCUGAUGAUUUUGACAAAUACUCUAUGGUUGACCUUCGUUUUCAGCUUGAGAAUUACAUUGUUGAUGUUCGGGAUCAUGAUAAAAGGUUUUCCAAUCUUAAGGGGCUUUGUAAUCUUUCCAAGAUACUCGUAGAGACGAAGAAGCAUGGAACUUAUCCUCUUGUGUUUCGGCUUGUGAAAUUUGCUUUACUUUUGCCAGUUGCUACUGCUACUGUUGAGAGAGUUUUCUCGGCGAUGAAGUUGAUUAAGACAGAUUUAAGGAACUGA